UUGGAACGUCAUUGGUUAAGGUAGGAUAUUCUUCCAGAGUCGAUUGACGUGUCAGUCCACCUCCGAACUUGUAAGAAGACGUGUGUUACAGUCACCAAAGGGAAGAUUUAAAACGACUUUUUCCAGCAGACAUUAAAAUGCAGAAAAUUGUCUUCCGUCGUCAGGCACAGUCGGUGUGGGCGCUGGCUAAGUUCUCUACAGGAGGGUCGUUGGGUCAGAACUCAGCCUUAAAAAAUGCUCCUGCAGAUAUGGAGAUGCCUCCAUGCAGCUUCACACCAGAGGAGUACAAGGGGAUGUCUAAAGAGCGUAUGAUGGAGAUCCGUAGGAAAAACUGCCACCCCAUGACCAUGAAGGUUACCUACUACAAGAAGCCGGUGUUCAUCCAUCAAGGUCACAUGCAGUGGCUGUGGGACGUGGACGGGAGGAGAUAUCUGGACUUGUUUGCCGGCGUGGCCACCGUCGGCGUGGGCCACUGCCACCCAAAAGUAAUGGCGGCCGCAGAGAAGCAGCUUAAGAAACUCUGGCACACCACCAGCAUCUACGUUUAUCCUGCUCUUCACGAGUACUGCGAAAAACUAACGUCGUAUUUCCCCGAUCCUCUCAAGGUGGUCUACCUGACCAGCAGUGGCUCAGAAGCCAAUGACCUGGCGAUGCUGAUGGCCAGAUUGUACACUGGAAACUUUGACAUUAUCACUUUCAGAGGAUCGUACCACGGCGGUAGCCCACAAACCAUGGGUCUGACUUCAAACUCCACUUACAAGUACCCAGUUGCCAUUGGAUUAGGCUGUACAAAUACCAUGUGUCCUGAUGUGUUCAGAGGUGUGUGGGGAGGGAGCCAGUGCAGAGACUCUCCUGUGCAGACUAUCAGGGAAUGUAACUGUACCCAAGGCCGCUGCAUGGCUAAUGAACGUUACAUUGACCAGCUCAAAGAGACGUUUGACACCAGCGUCCCCAGUCAAAUUGCUGCUUUCUUUGGAGAGCCUAUUCAGGGAGUCGGGGGUGCAGUGCAGUAUCCAAAGAACUACCUCAAGGAGGCUUACAAACUCGUAAGAGAACGAGGAGGCAUCUGUAUCGCUGAUGAGGUACAGACAGGAUUUGGGCGAACAGGGAGCCACUUCUGGGGUUUCCAAGGUCACAAUGUCAUUCCUGACAUGGUUACUAUGGCCAAGGGCAUUGGGAACGGCUUCCCAAUGGGAGCGAUAGUUACGACACGGGAGAUUGCGGACUCUUUCACAAAGGGUACUCACUUCAACACCUUUGGAGGAAAUCCUGUGGCUUGUUCCAUUGCUUCGUCCGUCCUUGAUACUAUCAAAGAAGACGGCACACAGCAGAACAGUCUGGAGGUCGGCACGUAUCUGAUGACGGAACUUGCCAAGCUCAGAGACAAGUACGAGAUCAUCGGUGACGUCCGAGGCAAAGGCCUGCAGAUCGGCGUGGAAAUGGUCCGAGACAAGGCCAGCAGAGCCCCUCUUUUGCCUCAGGACAUGGCUGAGCUCUUUGAGGACAUCAAGGACAUGGGCGUCCUCAUUGGAAAGGGAGGAAUUUAUGGACAGACCUUCCGCAUCAAACCCCCCAUGUGCAUCACCAUGGAGGAUGCCAAUUUCUUCCUGUCCGUUUUUAACAAGUCCAUCCAGAACUACAUGGAGAGAAGAUGAGGUUUCACAUGAAGUCGAGGCGAGGAAGAAAGCGUAACACCUGCCAAAGGUGCCGCCAACACUGUCUGUCUUGUAUUUUGAUAAAACUGUUCAGAUGAGCACAAGUCUACCACUGAUGUUUCGGCUAAUCAUUUAAAAAGUUAUGUUGUAAUGACAAAAAACAAAAGAUGUAAUGAGAGAUCAAUAAGCUUGCGCCACGUUAAGAUAGUUUACUUAGCCAUGCAUUAACUCAACACAGAAUUAUGGCUAUGAUCUAUUACAACAUUUAUUACUAAUCUUCAGUUUCAGUCUCAUCUAUAUAAAAUAUGCAUGAUUGUUUGUCUAUAUGUGGCCUGUGAUUGGCUGGCGAACAGUCCAGGGUGUACCCCGCCUGUCGCCCGAAGUCAGCUGGGAUAGGCUCCAGCAAUUAGGAUAAGCGGCACAGAAAAUGGAUGGAUGGAUGGAUAUUAGUUAUGAGUUAAUGUGAACGUGUUAGUACGGGGGUAUCCAAAGUGUGGCCCGGGGGCCGCUCUUAUAUUAUCGGCCCACGGCACAAUCUAAAAAUCCAAGAAAACUAAGCAAAAAACAAAACUAACCCAAAAAAACCACAUAAAAAAAUGGAAAAAUCAGCAGUCAUUUUACAACAAUUAAGAGACAAAAGUUUUCAGGGAAUAACAUUGUCAUAUUACGAGGAAAAAUAACAUGACUUUUGUAGUGUAAAGUUAUUUUUUUUAAGUCAAAACAAUGAAUUAAGUUCUAAUUUUUAUCACUACAUAAGGAAAAAAAUGGCAGAAAUUGAAAUGCAGCUGUAAUUUUGCGAGAAUGAAGUCAAAAUACUAGAAAAAAAAAUCAUAUUUUAACGAAUUUUACAAAAAUAAACGCAUAAUAUCCAUCCAUUUUCUGUGCCGCUUGCCCUCACCAGGGUCGCAGCUGACCAUGGGCGAGAGGCGGGGUACACCGUGCCAGCCAAUCGCAGGGCACAUACAGACAAACAACCAUUCACACUCACAUUUAUAUCCACUUUAGAAAAACAUCCAUGUUUUUGGAAUGUGGGAGGAAGCUGGAGCACCCGGAGCACCCCACGCACGUACGGGGAGGGUAGGGGUUUUCAUUCAUAACUGGCAGGAGGAGCAAGUGCGUUGAUUAUACACAUCUAUUAAACAUCUACAUUGCACCCACACUGCCUCAAAAUAAUACACAGUCAGGAACACGGGACUGUGGAUGAGACAUGAUGGUUAUUUCCUAAUAGUUAUUCAUACUAUGAAAGGUGGUGUUAAUCAUUAAUAAUCAUAUUGAUUAUACUGUACAACAAAGCAUUUAGCUUUGUGUCAUAGUGCAACAGAAGUACAACCUCAAGUACAUGCACGCUGUGGUACAUUCAAUGGGCUUCAACGUAAAGGGCUUUGUUGCUUGGAAACUGUAUGUAAUGUUGUGGUACUUUAAAGCUCAAUUCAAUAUACAGGCUAUCAAUAGUAUGUCUGCUAUCCAUCCAUCCAUUUUCUAUGGCGCUUAUCCUCAUUAGGGUCGCGGGGGUAUGCUGGAGCCUAUCCCAGCUGACUUCAGAAAACCCACGCACGCACGGGGAGAACAUGCAAACUCCACACAGAGAUGCCCCACGGAGAUUCAAACCCAGAUCUUCCCGAUCUCCUGACUGUGUGGCAAACAUGCGAACCACUAGGCCAUCGUGCGGCCAAGUAUGUCUGCUAUUGCACUGAAAAGUUUGUGUUUUGUAGUGAUUUAUAUUGCAGAUAAGCAGCUAUUUCCUAUUCCUAUUAUAAUUACAUACGAGCACGCAUAUGUGUGGAACUAUACACAUAGUUUAACAUUUAAACAAAAUUGUAAUUUUAUUUAACAAUAAAAACUGAUAUUUUUUUAUUACAUAGAUGUUUUUUAAAAUAUGUAUACUGUACUGUAUACUUAUGCUUAAAAAAAAUGUGUACUUUUCCAGCAUUGUUGCUAAAGUGCUUUUUUUUUUUUUUUUUUUACUGUAGUCAUCAAAUUCUAAUAGCACUUGUCAUCCCUAUAAUAGUCGGUACUAAGAAAAUAGCUACUCGUGCUGGGAAACUUGAAGUGGUGCAUUUUGUGGUCAAGAGCAGUCCUUUUCUACCAUCCUUUUAGUGUCUAAAGUGCCUUGUUACCCUGGUAACGCAACCGUCAAACACAAUUUCCGUCUUUUGUCCAUCCACAUGUAUGGGCCCUACGUGAGACGGACGCAUACCUUUUAUGUCAUGUAUCUUCAUAUGUCCAUCACCAUGGAGGCGGCCUAACCUAAGUGCUUUCCAAAAACUCCACAAGUCGUAAGAACAUUCCAAGUUUUAAUGAUCAUGGAUGUGCUAGCCAAGGGGAUGGUUCUUAAACAUGAGACACCAUCGCCUGAGGACUGAAUGAGGAUUAUGAGUCCAUUCAUGCUUGGUCAUGGGAAAGCUACCUUGGGUGAAUCUUUGCAUCAAACUCAGGUCAUAAAUUCAGUCUGUCUUGAGUCCACCUCUCCUGUGGAUCAAACCGCGUCAUCUGUUCUUCCGUUUGUCCUUUUUGCUCCUGCUGACCGAGACUGCGGAGGCAUGGCCGCUGGACUUCAGAUGGUCAAAGAGCUUGUUUCUCGUGGGGAACUCGCCGUUACAGGUCACACAGCGGAGGUUUAUUGACUUCUGGAUGUGGGAAGAACAAUAUAUAUAUAUAUAUAUAUAUAUAUAUAUAAAAAGUCUCCCUCUGCCAAGGGGUUUGUGGUUAGUUUUGCAAACACAUAGAGCAUGUUUGUCAAAAGGAAGAAGUGACUUGGACUAGUGAAAUGGACGCCAAUAUCACAUUUUGAAGUCUUAUGCCGUGAUCGUGUUUUGAUCUGACAAAUCUUAAAUAAGUUUGAUAGUUUGAUCGAGCUUCUGCUUGGACUACUUGGACCGUGGCAGCCAUCUCCCGUCUCACUCACCGGCGCUAAUCAGUAACACUGAGUGGAAGUAGGAUUGCAAGGUUUAUAGUGUGUCUUUCUGUGUAAAUACCCCAUGUUACAAUGUGGACUCCUGCGACUUAUAGAUGAGUGCAGCCUGUACAUGUACACAUUUUUUUUCUCUUUAAAUUUGGUGGCUGCAGCUUAUAUUCAGGUGCGCUCAAUUGCCCGGAAUUUACGGUAUAUGUUGUUAAACUGCUCACAAAUAAGUUUGGUGAUUAAACUUUUUUUUGUUUGUUCUCUUCUGAUAGCAACUAUGAUCAACAAAUUAAGACAAUGAUCUUAAAAGUAAAAAGUAUUGGUAUCAGCAGUACUGGCCGUGUAUUUACUUGGAAUAAAAAACCUCUGCCAUCUGCAUGAAAGGCAACAGCGUGUAUCAUUACACCACCAGGGCAACAGUAUGAAGAAUAAUACUAUUAUUUAUCAUUUAAUAAUACAUACUUUCACGGUGCUAUUUUCCAUUGAAAUGCAACAGUUUAACUGGUUGUAUUUUUUCUGUGUUUUUGAGGCCUCUAAUAAGGUAAAGUUAGACAAUUCUGGAUCCAAAGGAAUAUCGUUAUGAUAUCAUUUUAGGUGCCAGUGUAUGAUUUUUACAGGUGACAUAUGUAGCAGCCGUGGCGGACGUAGGACUGCACUCUUGUACCAACCUCAAGAAACUGUUCUCCUCCUGGAUGUGAUGAUUUGACGUUCUUUGGUAUGUCCUUUCCUGCUUUCUUUGGCUUGGUCUUGGCAGAGCUUGGCAAGUAGACAGAAAAGAAAUGUUCUAUUGAAACAAAAAAAAUACCAUCAAGGCAAAAAAGAGCAAUCAUUGACCUCUUAGCUUCAGUGAGAGGAGGAAGAUGUUCUGGCUCCUCGGCCACUGCGGGGCUUGGCGACAUCUCAGGAGUCUCUUCAGGAGGAUCUUCCGCACCUGUUGUUGGCGUUGGUUCCUCCUUUUCCACUUCCUCCUCCACUGGAGAGCCCUGCUUAAGAGGAGAGAUGCAUGUCACACGGAGAAUGAGCCAGGCUAGGAUGAUUUCACAUGAGCAUCACUCACACUUGCUGCUUUCUGCUGCCUCUUCUUCUUCUUUUGCUUUUUGGAGAGCCUGUGGGGUUAAACAAGACACACGUUGGCAAGAAAAGCACAAGGAUGUCUUUCUCACAAGGACUUACUUUUGUCUUGGUUUGUCCUCCUCCUCUUCUUCUUCUUCCUCCUCAAUGGCAUCUUGCUCAUCCAGGGUCAUAGCGAGUGAGUCAUCUUCUUCCAGCUGUUGCCGCAGCAAUGCAACCAUCUCUUUGUGUUUUUUCGAUUUCUCGUGGUUUUUCAAACUUAAAAGAAGAAACAAUUGUGAAAAAAUAGAUUCAUACAUUAGAUCCUAGGUGCCCAAAGUGGGGUACGCGUACACCCAGGGAUAUGCAACGUGUCAUCGGGGUUACGUGAAUAAAAACGAAAAACAAUUAGCACCUGACACUCACAAUUACAAGCACCGUCAUAGCAGAAAGAAGGAAGGCGUUCUUCAUUGCUCUGUGUGACUUAUAUGAGUAAGUAAGUUUGAUGAUUACGUUGUGUAUUAAGAGUGUUUCAUCUUGAAGGUUUAACUUAUAUUGGCGUUCCAAUCCCGUCAAUGUAUGUGCGUGUCAGGAUGAGCGAGUGGAGAUUCCCCUGAAAAUGAGGCUUUAUUGCUGCUUGCAUAUAUUUUUGUACUUUGGAUACUGCUUUUUCAUGACUGUUCACCCUUCCCUUUCAAUUUGGUAUCAAAUUAAUAUGCAGAUUUAAAUCAGUGAUUGCAAGUGGACAAAAGCGAAGCUCAAGUUGAACCCAUUCAAAAGGGAAGGAUCCCAACAGCCGUCUGAAAUAUAAGAUAUGUAGGACGAAUACUUUAUUCAUCUCCGAGAGAAAUUUGUACUUAUCAGUGCUCAUGUACAAAUUAUCAAAAUCUGACUACGCACAAUACAAUUUUUUUUACUUGUUAUAAAAUGAAGUAACCAAUUAAUUAGAUUUCAUAUUUCAAUUGAAUGAAAUGUAAAAAUAGUUUGUUUUUUAAGUGUGAAGCAGUAAGGGGGUACAUGGUUUCAAGUCAAAUGUCUGAAGGAGUACGCCACUGUCAAAAGUUUGCAUUAGAUGUUUAAGUUGAUAUAAUGUGCCUCUUUUUCUUUUGCUGUGCAACACAGACAUAAGCUGGCAAAUGUGAGAACUGCUUGAUAUCGUUACAGGAAAUAAAACAUUGAGAAAAAUACAGCAGAGUGGAUCCCCGCUUUUUGCGAAGAAUGUGUAUGUGUUGGCAGGUCUGAUACUGUGGGAAAUCGGUACGCAGCUGUAUCAAACACAAAUCUGAACACAUGUAUAUGUACAUAUAAACCAUCAUACAAGUUCUAUGUUCAUACCGGUGAGGGUGGCACAUCAGAAAUGAUAUCACAUGACAGCCAGCUUAUUGGAGCCAUUUUACCAUGUGUACAGCAUUUUUUGUAACCAGAGUAGGUGGGGAAAAUGUGUUUUUAAAUAGCAAAAAUCAAAUAUCAUAUCACUCACGCUUUGUCCGAUUUGAAGGAUUUGUCACAGGCUGGACAGUAGAGAUCAUCGUAAUAGUCGACGUUUAUGACGUCUGCAUUUGCUUGCUCUCCAUCUGCAGAUGCAGUACCAGGUAUGUCUUUAGAAAAGACUAAUGUAGGUAUAAAGAAUUUAAACAACUCCUACUCACCUAGUCCCUCCUCCAAAGUCUCCGGUUCGUCACCCUCGCUCUCCGACACGUCUCCAAACUCUUCCCCAUACUGAGCCUCCAUCUGCUUCAGCUCCUUCUCUAGUUCCGACAUGGCUGCCCAGCUCUGCUCCUUGUACUCCUCUGCCAGCCUUGGGACACACACCGCAAUAUUUACCACCACAACUGAAUAUAAAGUCAGAUGUCCGCACAAUUACCACGACUCACUUAGCCUGACUGAGCUUCUGCUUGCGUCUAAGAUCCUCCACCUUCUUGCUCUUCUCAGCGUUGCGCUCCUCCACCUGCUUGCGGUGCGCCUGCACCCGACGGUCGCGCUUACGCACAAAGGCCACCAGCUGGCGCACCAGCUCGUUGCGCUCCUUCCGAGCCUUGUCUCUGGUCUUUUUGUUCUCCUUCUCCAUGGCUCUCUUCUCCCAGCGGUUGGACCCCUGCCUGGUGUCGUAUUCCUCCUUCCAGGCAAAGUUUUUGCGCGUGCAGAAGCUCUGCCAGUAGCCGUAAAAGACGUGCACCACCUGUGACACGGUAACAUCGGUGUCGACGAUAAAUAACAAACAAUAUGCAGAAGCUAGACGAAGACAUUUCACAGGAGACCUCCACCAAGGCUUAACUAUCCUAAGUCCACGGCAUUUUGGACUUGCUAGACACCAUUGUUGGUGGUGUUAAUGUGCAUUGUAAACAAUAGCAACACUUGGCCCCGAUGCACGUGGAGAGCAACGAUGUAAGUGGAAAAAAAUAAAGGCCAUAAUUUUCACGUUAUCCGCCAAAAUGUAAUCCUUCCUGUGGAAAUAUAUUUAGCUUUUAUAGGUUUUUAUAGGUUAUUUGGUUACCACCACAGACUUCCACUGUGAGAAAAUUGUGUUCAAAGACACCAAGUAAUUUCAGCUGAAUUCAAUGUUUUGAGUGUGUAUUUUCUGGAAUUUCCGAGCACACUUAAAUGCAUCAAAUUGUACUUCCACAGUAGUAGCUAUGUUAGUGAGUGAUAAGAAUAUCCACUUAUUGCUUUUCUUUGUCUUUCUGUUUAUGUAGACCACACAUACACGCAUAAUAAAGACAUUAUUGUGAUUUUCGGAGUGUCCAUGAAUGCAUCUUGCGGUAGUGACAAUGAGGAAGUGUCGUUCCGAGGAGGCCUGGUGACGUGUUUGUGAGUUGGAGAUACAUACUGUAUAUGGUGUUGAAAUUGUACUACUGUUGAUGUG